AUGGAAGCAGCGGCGAAAAAGGUCCAACUGCUGGCCCAGCGCAUCCUGCCCGAUCGACCGCAUCAUCUUUCCGUGUCCCCCGAUCAGCGUUUUCGAGUCCCGCCCGAUCAUAGCAAGACCUUUGAGGAGUACAAAUACCAGCGCCUGCAGUACAUGACGCUGUUGUCCGACGCGGAUCGCGGUAUGCUACUCACUCGCCCGUACUAUGAUAUGCGCGAAGAACCGCCGAUUCCACCAGCUGUAAAAGACUCGAACGUGAAAAUGGAAAGGAAGAAUGUGACGAAGCUGUCACUGAGUGAUUAUAAGAACAAGCAGAAGAAGGUGUCGGAUUCUCCUCCCGACUCCGGAUCGACGCCCAAGACGGACGUCUCGCGAAAGGAAAGGGAUUUGAUAGAAAGUCGAAUUGACCGCGAACCCAAGAGGACGGAUGUAUACAGACAUCGGGAAACGGACGCAUCAAGGGAUGUCAAGGCGCAUAAGGCACGCGACGGCGCCCACUAUGAAAGAACGAGCAGACCCGAAGUUAGGCCUAGGGCAGCCCAGGACAGCAAUGAUACCCCAGAGAAGAGGAAAAGAGUCGCGGACGUGGAGGGUGAACUGCGACCUCAGAAACGAGCGAAACCCGAAGCUAGCACACCGCUCGACGAGCGAUCGCGAACACCUCGAGACGAUACGCCGAGAAGAAAAGAGAUGCACUCGUCACAAGACAGGACGCCGCAAAAGGACGGCAAGUUGGGCACAAGCUCAUCUUCAUUACCGAACGGGCGAUCUGCUCUCAAGGCAGCCCUAGGCUCAGGCGCGAACAAGUCUCCCAUUUCCCGUGCGCGAGGCGACUCUAUCAAUGGCAACAGACCCAGCCCCUCUUCCAGCGGUAGGGCACGAACUGAUACGGCGUCUUCGAGGUCAGCAGUUCCGCCGUUACUAUCCCCGUUGCACCUACCGAACGAAUCCGAUUCUCGAUCGAAAGAUAAGAGACGAGAUGAUCCUGGCGAGCACAACAGGCCGCAAAAGUCCUUACGAGCAGAGCCACCUCCGCCUAUCAAGAGGCCAAAAUCUCCCGUCAAGCUUCCGGCGCUCCUUUCUCCGACACUUCCCCCAAUGCUCGAGGAGGAGCUGGCCCGAAUGAAAAAUACUCCAACGAAAGGCUCCGAUCCAAGCCAAAAAACACAGCCCCCAGAUUCACCCACAAGCGGCAAGAGACCACACGUAGUAGUGAAGAGGGAAGAAGAUGACCGAAGAGAAAUAAAAGAGAAGGAGAGACCGAAGGAUAAACCUCGCAGGUUUAUGGUAACAUUGAAGUACAGCAAAAAGUACACCAAGUCGGUUCAGAGGCUACUAGCCCUAGGACCCCCAAGAAAAGACGUCAAGAAGGAGCGGUCAGUGAGUAUAGAGCCUCCACCGCCGCAGGCGCGGAAGCGACCGAUCACCAGCACCGAGAAUGUUGGCGAUUCGAUCGCGGUGAAGCGACCUCGGACGUCAGAAAUCACGAGCUCCUCCAAGCUCAUUACGCCCUCGACACCCUCGAAAGGGGCCACAUCGAUGUCAAGAGUGGCGUCAAGCAACUCGGUCAACACCCCUGGGGACGGCCACAGCCUAACUCCCGCGCCGCCGUCAUCAGACCGAGACCGGCCGCAAACCAGAGACGACAGCAGAGAAGCGGCGAACCCUCAUAGGAUCCAGGCGCUCCGUGACCGCUGGAGCCGAUUCAGCAAACUCGGCACCAAGCUAAAGCACGAGCGCGACAUACUGCUAGAGCGAAAGCACGGCGACCGGGGUGCUCCAGUCUCAGACUCUGACAUCAAACUCAGCAUGAUGCUCGGACUGGAAACGGCGAUGGCAUUCAUGGUCAGCUUUAGAGCGUUGUUCGAGUCGCGGCGUAUAGAGAAUAAGGCACAGGAUCCCAAGCAGUGGAGCAGCAUCCUGCCGUUGCUGAACGUCAUGCGCAACGAUGUACGAAAGAGCAAACCAUUGGAGGCACUAUUCUGGCAGCUGCAUGGCGUGAUCCAUGAGGAGCUCAUCAAGUGCUACUGGUCGCUCGAUCCAGCAACUCACGCAGUACACAUUAUUGGCGCAGAAAGAGGUCGAUCAAAUGUAUGGAAGUCCGCAUUCGACUCGACGGAGCGCGUCGAAGUCCCAGCGAUGCGCACGAACAUGGGCCCGUGGACGACCGUGGAGGAAGCCGUAUCGUCGGCUCUUAGGAUCAUGCGGCGCUGGGCGCAGGAGGAGGGCGUCUCAUGGCGCGCCGAGGUCACAGUGUCAGCCGCCAACGGAACGUUGUCAUAG